CUUAGUAGGUGGAUGGUGGUCGAAGCACCGGCCUCCUUCUCGGCGCCAUUUUGUGUUGGUGAUUGCGGCCGGCUGGGAGUAGGCGGCAGUGAGUUUUCUGGGGAGGGCAGCGCUCCUGGCGCUUCCCCCCUCCCCCCCCCUCCUCGUCCUUUCUGCCUCCAACCUCAGACUUGGUUGUUGCGAGGACAGCCUCCAGCUGAGCUGGGAGAGUUAGAGGAGGUGGCGGCGGGCCAAGGUGAUGUCUGGGAGGCCUUCCUUGACAGCCCUGACCAAGAAAGUGAGCAUCGACUCUGUUCGUGGGGGCAGAGACCCCCUGCAGGAGGCAUUACCCAGGCUGGCAGAUCAUGGUGGCAGCAGCAGGGGUGGCUGGGAAGUGAAACGGAGCCAGCGGCUGAGGAGGGGGCCCAGUAGCCUCUGCAGGCCCUAUCAGGACAUGGAUUAUGAAAGACGAGGUGGUCGUGGAGAUAGGACUGGCCGCUAUGGAGCCACUGACCGCUCACAAGAUGACAGUGGGGAGAACCGCAGCCGAGACCAUGACUACCGGGACAUGGACUAUCGCUCAUAUCCACGCGAGUACGGCAGCCAGGAGGGCAAGCAUGAUUAUGAUGACUCCUCUGAGGAACAAAGUGCAGAGGAUUCCUACGAGGCCUCCCCGGGCUCUGAGACUCAGCGUAGGCGGCGGCGGCGGCACAGGCACAGCCCCACCGGCCCACCAGGCUUCCCCCGAGACGGCGACUAUCGAGACCAGGACUAUCGGACCGAGCAAGGGGAGGAGGAGGAGGAGGAGGAGGAUGAGGAGGAGGAGGAGAAGGCCAGUAACAUCGUCAUGCUGAGGAUGCUGCCACAGGCAGCCACUGAGGAUGACAUCCGUGGCCAGCUGCAGUCCCACGGGGUCCAAGCACGGGAGGUCCGACUGAUGCGGAAUAAAUCCUCAGGUCAGAGCCGGGGCUUCGCCUUCGUCGAGUUUAGUCACUUGCAGGACGCUACACGAUGGAUGGAAGCCAAUCAGCACUCCCUCAACAUCCUGGGCCAGAAGGUGUCCAUGCACUACAGCGACCCCAAACCCAAGAUCAAUGAGGACUGGCUGUGUAAUAAGUGUGGAGUCCAGAACUUCAAACGACGUGAGAAGUGCUUCAAAUGUGGUGUGCCCAAGUCAGAGGCAGAACAGAAGCUACCUCUCGGCACAAGGCUGGAUCAACAGACGCUGCCACUGGGUGGACGGGAGCUAAGCCAGGGUCUGCUUCCUCUGCCACAACCCUACCAGGCUCAGGGAGUGUUGGCUUCUCAAGCCCUAUCACAGGGCUCAGAGCCAAGCUCGGAGAAUGCCAAUGACACUAUCAUUUUGCGCAACCUGAAUCCGCAUAGCACCAUGGACUCCAUCCUUGGGGCCUUAGCACCCUAUGCGGUGUUGUCCUCCUCCAAUGUACGCGUCAUCAAGGACAAGCAGACCCAGUUGAACCGUGGCUUUGCCUUCAUCCAGCUCUCCACCAUCGUGGAGGCAGCCCAGCUGCUACAGAUACUGCAGGCCUUGCACCCACCGCUCACCAUUGAUGGCAAGACCAUUAACGUUGAGUUUGCCAAGGGUUCUAAGAGGGACAUGGCCUCUAACGAAGGCAGUCGUAUCAAUGCUGCCUCUGUGGCCAGCACUGCCAUUGCUGCAGCCCAGUGGGCCAUCUCACAGGCCUCCCAGGGUGGGGAGGGUGCCUGGGCCACCCCCGAGGAGCCAGCGGUCGACUACAGCUACUACCAACAGGAUGAGGGCUAUGGCGGCAGCCAGGGCACAGAGUCCUCCCUCUAUGCCCAUGGCUACCUCAAGGGCACCAAGGGCCCCGGCAUCACUGGAACCAAAGGGGACCCAGCUGGAACAGGUCCUGAAACUUCCUUAGAACCUGGGGCAGAUGCUGUGUCCCUGCAGGCUUUCUCUCGCACCCAGCCUGGUGCUACCCCUGGCAUCUAUCAACAAUCAGCAGCUGAGGCGAGUAGCAGCCAGGGUACUGCUGCCAACAGCCAGUCAUAUACCAUCAUGUCACCCGCUGUGCUCAAAUCUGAGCUCCAGAGUCCCAGCCAUCCCAGCUCUACCCUACCACCAGCCACCAGCCCCACUGCCCAGGAGUCCUACAGCCAGUACCCUGUCCCUGAUGUCUCCACUUACCAAUAUGAUGAGACAUCUGGAUACUACUAUGAUCCACAGACUGGCCUCUACUAUGACCCAAACUCCCAGUAUUACUAUAAUGCUCAAAGUCAGCAGUACCUAUACUGGGAUGGGGAAAGGCGGACCUACGUACCUGCCUUGGAGCAGUCAGCCGAUGGACAUAAAGAGACAGGGGCACCCUCAAAGGAGGGCAAAGAAAAGAAGGAGAAGCACAAGACCAAGACAGCCCAACAGAUUGCCAAGGACAUGGAACGCUGGGCCCGCAGUCUCAACAAGCAAAAGGAAAACUUUAAAAACAGCUUCCAGCCCAUCAGCUCCCUGAGAGACGAUGAAAGGCGAGAGUCAGCCACUGCAGAUGCCGGCUAUGCCAUUCUUGAGAAGAAGGGAGCACUAGCUGAGAGGCAGCACACCAGCAUGGACCUCCCCAAAUUGGCCAGUGAUGACCGCCCAAGCCCACCACGUGGGUUAGUGGCAGCCUACAGUGGGGAGAGUGACAGCGAGGAGGAACAGGAGCGAGGGGCCACUGAGCGGGAGGAAAAGCUCACCGACUGGCAGAAGCUAGCCUGCUUACUCUGUCGACGUCAGUUUCCCAGCAAGGAAGCCCUCAUCCGGCACCAGCAGCUCUCCGGGCUCCACAAGCAAAACCUUGAGAUUCACCGACGAGCCCACCUGUCAGAAAACGAACUGGAAGCACUAGAGAAGAAUGACAUGGAGCAAAUGAAGUACCGGGACCGUGCAGCUGAACGCAGGGAGAAGUAUGGUAUCCCUGAGCCACCAGAACCUAAGAGGAGGAAGUACGGUGGCAUGUCUGCAGCCUCUGUGGACUUCGAGCAGCCUACACGGGACGGGCUGGGUAGUGACAACAUUGGCAGCCGCAUGCUCCAGGCCAUGGGCUGGAAAGAGGGCAGUGGCCUUGGCCGCAAAAAGCAGGGCAUUAUAACACCCAUUGAGGCCCAGACACGGGUGCGGGGCUCUGGCCUAGGUGCCCGGGGUAGCUCCUAUGGGGUCACCUCAACUGAGUCUUACAAAGAAACACUGCACAAGACAAUGGUGACCCGCUUCAACGAGGCCCAGUGAGCAACUCAUACAGAUGUUAGGUGUUCAGCUGGAGAGGAUGAAAUGUUAGGUGAUCUGAGAGGACCCUGCUCCUAUCUAAGCCCUAUUCUCCAGAUGGAAAGGCCCUGACCAAAUUAAAUUUUGCGUUGGUGACUUUUAUUGGAAAAUUAAUUGGGAUCAUGUUUGUUUGUUUUUUUAAUAAAAGCUGAAAAGUCUACAU